CGCUCCUGAAUGAACGGCUCCCUGCUCACCCCGCACCUCCUCCCGGCUCCCGGCUCCCGCCUCCCUCCCGCCACUCGCCGGUGUCGCUUCGAGGCGCAGCCAGUUUCUAUAGCGACGGCGCUGAUCCGCGGCUCUUCCGAGUAGUAACAAAGCCGGCUGCCCGCCGCCGCGCCGGGGCUGAGGGGACGAGGCUCCCUUUCCCGAAGACACGCCGCCCGCCUGCAGCUCCCCAGACAGGACAAAGAGAGAACAGAGAACAUACCAACAAUGAAUCAUCUGGUUUUGUCAUCAGACAUUCAGAUGCUUUGGUGACGGAUGGAUGGACAGAUGAAUAGAUCAAGCCCAAAGCUGUAAGCCAGCUUGGCAGCUGGCAGAUGGAUGCCUGGCUCAGAGUACAGGACAUGCAGUACACAAUCCCUAGCAGAAGCUGAAAAUGGAUGAUGUCUACUGAUGCUUUUCAGCAAAAUCAUCUCCUCUUUUCCUGUUUGAAAUGGGUGAUACGAUCAUCAGGAAAAAGUUCUAAAAUAAGCCUGAGUGACCUCUUCAUCCCUUGACUCCUCUUUCUGCAAAUCUAAAAACCACCAGAAGAAAUGACCAGUCAACUACCAGAGGAGUCUGUGGAGACCCAGAGCUCAGAUGAGCUUGAGUGCAAGAUCUGCUACAACCGCUAUAACCUGCGGCAGAGAAAACCAAAAGUGCUGGAGUGCUGUCACAGAGUAUGUGCCAAAUGCCUUUGCAAGAUCAUAGACUUCGGUGAUUCCCCACAAGGAGUCAUAGUAUGCCCAUUCUGCAGGUUUGAAACGUGCUUGCCAGACGAGGAGGUCAGUAGUCUUCCUGAUGACAACAACAUCCUUCUGAAUUUAGCUUGUGGGGGAAAGGGAAAGAAGUGCCUGCCAGACAACCCAACAGAACUGUUGCUGACUCCUAAAAGGUUGGCAUCUCUGGUUAGCCCUUCUCACACCUCUUCUAAUUGCCUGGUUAUAACAAUCAUGGAAGUACAAAGAGAAAGUCCACAGACGCUGAACUCAACCCCUGUGGUGGAAUUUUACAGGCCUACGAGUUUUGACUCUGUUGCAACUGUGUCGCACAACUGGACAGUGUGGAACUGCACAUCUUUGCUCUUCCAGACCUCAAUUCGGGUGCUAGUGUGGUUGCUAGGGUUGCUGUACUUUAGUUCCUUGCCUUUAGGGAUUUAUUUACUGGUAUCUAAGAAGGUCACCCUUGGGGUUGUCUUUGUAAGCCUUGUUCCUUCGAGCCUUGUUAUUCUCAUGGUUUAUGGCUUUUGCCAGUGUGUUUGCCAUGAAGUUCUAGACUGCAUGUCUUCUUGAUAACAAAUACAGUAAAAUAAGAUGUAUUGCCACGUGUGUAGCAUAGUUGAUUUAUCCUGUCUUUGUGUUCUUAUUUAUUCUUACUGUUCAUCCUCCUAAAUAGAAGCAGUGGCCCUAUGGUCCUUUUUUUCAACCGGAUUCGAUCCCACACCCCACCCCUCUUUUUUUUUAAGCUAAAUAAUGGGAAUGAAAUUUCCAUGCAGAUUUUAAAAGUCUGAGUUGUAGAAAGAGAUAAAGCAAAAUUGCCAAACUUGGUGCCUGCUGCUGCUGCCACUAUUCAAAUGAGUAGCCCUUUGCUUUCUGUUGGCUUUUCAUGUCAGUCAAGGCUGCAGGGUCCACCCUGGAAGAAAUGAGUAUAACAGGCACCUUCCAGGUCAAAGUACAGCAUCUCUUCAUCCAGAGCAUCUCAUGCUUUGGGCUGUCAGUUAUUUAUCAUGCAUUAUCAUUUAUAGCAACUGAAAUCACUUUGUUAGUGAAUAUUAUAAGAAGACAAGCUACCAUUGCUUUUGUCAGUUCUUGUAGCAAAAACAUUUGUGGGAGGCCAAUGGUUACAGAUUUUUUUACGUUUUGUGACAUGAGGAAUCUUUUUUUCACCGUGCUAAAAACAUGUCUCCAAAACGCUUGCCCCAAACACUUUCCCCAAACAGAAGCCCACUUUACUUGUCAUAUAUUGGCUCCCUCUGAAAUACUCCUGCUAAUGAGUAUUCCAGGGAUGCAGCCACACGUUUGCUCUUCUCUAGGUGUGCUCAUUUCAGUGUGCAUACACCUUAGGCUUCCCUCUGAGGGUUCAGAGCUCUGCAGACUUCUCUAGCUAUGGUCAGUUAUGCUUACCCUCCCACCCAGCAUUUCCACCACCAUACCACAUUUCCAACCCAUUAGUCCUCCUAACAAAUUGCCUGACCAACUGUGUGCACACCUACUCUGUGGUAGCUACACUGGAGA